AUGGCCAAGGGAGAAGCGGAUCAGAAACCCAAGGGCGAGCGCGAGCGCGAGGGCGAGGGUGAGUGUAAGACUGAAGCUGAAGCUGUGAGGUACCGAUACCCCGAGGGAGGAGCUCGAGCGUGGCUCGUUGUCAUGGGCUGCUUCUGCGUCAUGUUCUACACGUUCGGCUACCUCAAUGCUUUCGGUGUCUACGAGACAUACUACCAACGGGACCUCCUAAAGGAAUACACUCCGUCAACCAUCGCGUGGAUAGGAUCGCUGCAGGUAUUUUUCCAGUUCGCGGCUGGCAUCAUUGCUGGGCCGGUGACGGAUAUUUGGGGGCCCAGGGUCAUUAUCUGGCCCUUCUCCAUCAUCUACGUCUCGGCCGUUAUGCUCACCAGCAUCUGCACCAAAUACUGGCACUUCAUCCUGGCCCAGGGCGUCCUCGGCGGUCUCGCCAACGGCCUGGCCUACGCGCCCGCCAUCGCCGUCAUCGGACAAUACUUCCAUCAACGGCGGCCCUUGGCCAUGGGCAUCGCCUCGGCGGGCUCCUCGUUGGGCGGCGUCAUCUUUCCCCUAAUGCUCGACCGGCUCAUCUACCACACGCACCUGGGUUUCGGCUGGGCCGUCCGCGUCGUGGGGUUUCUAGUGCUCGGUCUGUGUUUGACGGCGUGCGCCACCGUCGUGCCCCGCGUGCCGCCUCGAAAGGGCAGAUACUUCCUCCUGCACGCGUUCAAGGAGCCGGUCUAUUCAAUCCAAGUGCUGGGCAUGUUCUUCGCCUGGUGGGGCAUCUUUACGCCCUUUUUCUUCUUGCCGUCAUACGCCGAAGCACAGGGUUUGAGUCUGGACAUGUCGAUUUAUACACUCGCGAUUCUCAACUCGGGCUCCCUCGUCGGCCGUCUCUUGUCCGGCUUCGCCGCCGCUCACCUCGGCCGCUUCAACCUUGUGGUCAUGGGAAACUGCGUUUGUGGGAUCCUCGUCUUCUGCUGGCUCCGGGUGGUCUCCACGGCCGCAAUCUGUGUCUUUGCAGUCCUUUAUGGAAUCUUCUCGGGCUUUGUCGUUGCACUGUUUCCAACCACCAUCGCCGAAGUCUGCGCCCACCCGACAGAGAUCGGGAGCUACGUCGGCAUGGCACUCGGGCUGUAUGGCAUUGCAGGUCUGACCGGCACGCCCAUCACUGGCGCCAUGAUUGCACGGUACAAGGGGUAUGAUGAGGCUACCAUUUUCAGUGGCAGUGUGCUGAUAGCGGGAGCGUCAUUGAUUUUCGUCGCAAGGUGUCUUUUUGCAAGGAGACAUGGAUGGCGUGUGUAA